UUCGUCAAGUUCAGCUGCCCACCAAAGCUGCCAUAGCAGCCUUAUCUUCACAAGCAGCUCCUUUGGUGAACGGAAACGUGGAGGUCUCCCCAAGUGAGAAACCACCAAAAGAAGUCAAAGAUGCUAGUAAUAAAAAGACAAAACAGGAGGACCAACCUGUGACUGGAGGGAAGAAACCAAAAGUGGACAAGAAAGGGAAGGAGGGAAAGACUGGCGGAGGUGAUGAGAAACCUAAAAAGGCAGACGCUGUGGCCAGUGGUGACCAGGCUGCCGACGGUGCUGUAGACGUGUCCAGACUAGACCUCCGAGUUGGUAAAAUUGUGGCCGUAGAGAGACACCCUGAUGCAGAAACUCUCUAUGUUGAGCAAGUAGAUCUUGGGGAGGGCCGCAACAGGACAGUAGUCAGUGGCCUGGUGAAGCAUUUCCCUGUGAACGCGAUGAAAGACAGGAUAGCCGUGUUCAUGUGUAACUUGAAACCAGCCAAGAUCCGAGGGGUCCUGUCUGAGGCAAUGAUCAUGUGCGCCGUGGGGCCACAGAAAACAGAGAUUUUGGUUCCACCCACGGACUCCGUGAUCGGUGACAGGAUUGUCGUUGAAGAGUACCCUGGAAAACCAGACGAGCAGUUGAAUCCAAAGAAGAAAAUCUGGGAGACUCUGAAACCUGACGUACGCACGGAUAGUGAGAGAAUCGCCUCGUACAAGGGAGCCCGCUGGACAAUUCCAGGCAAGGGAUUUGUUGUGGCACCAACUCUGAGCAGCACCCAAAUCUCUUGA